AUGUGUCAGGUGGUUCUGACACUUGUGGGGAUGUGUCAGCUGGUUCUGACACUUGUGGGGGAUGUGUCAGGUGGUUCUGACACUUGUGGGGAUGUGUCAGCUGGUUCUGGCACUUGUGGGGAUGUGUCAGAUGGUUCUGACACUUGUGGGGAUGUGUCAGAUGGUUCUGACACUUGUGGGAUGUGUCAGAUGGUUCUGACACUUGUGGGGAUGUGUCAGAUGGUUCUGAUACUUGUAGGGAUGUGCCAGCUUGGUUCUGGCACUUGUGGGGAUGUGUCAGAUGGUUCUGACACUUGUGGGGAUGUGUCAGAUGGUUCUGACACUUGUGGGGAUGUGUCAGAUGGUUCUGAUACUUGUGGGGAUGUGUCAGAUGGUUCUGACACUUGUGUGGAUGUGCCAGAUGGUUCUGACACUUGUGUGGAUGUGCCAGAUGGUGGUUCUGACACUUGUGGGAAUGUGCCAGAUGGUUCUGACACUUGUGGGGAUGUGCCAGAUGGUUCUGAUACUUGCGGGGAUGUGCCAGAUGGUUCUGACACUUGUGUGGAUGUGCCAGAUGGUUCUGACACUUGUGGGGAUGUGCCAGAUGGUUCUGACACUUGUGGGGAUGUGCCAAAUCGUUCUGACACUUCUGGGGAUGUGCUAGAUGGUUCUGGCACUUGUGGGGAUGUGCCAGAUGGUUCUGAUACUUGCGGGGAUGUGCCAGAUGGUUCUGAUACUUGUGGGGAUGUGCCAGAUGGUUCUUACACUUGUGGGGGAUGUGUCAGAUGGUUCUGA